AUGGCCUUCCAGCAGCUGCUUGUGUUCGUGAUUACCCUCCUUUACAUCGCUCUGAUGUCCCUCGUCAGUGCAAAGGAGCAUAAUUACAUUUACGACGUAACGGAACUAGAGUGUCCCGGAAACACGACGUACGGGCCGAUCACACUCACCGCCUAUCAUCCCCUCUUCGAUUCCGACCGUAAACGUGACUACCUAGACGUGGAGAACCGGAAGUUGUACACUCUGCAAGAGUAUCUAGACAAUCGUGCACCGUAUGUGACGAUUGGUAUGGAUCCGGCUCUCAGGCUACCCUACGGUAAGGAAGCAUGUAUACCUGAGCUAAAUCGUCACUUUCGGCGCUCCAUUCGGCUGCAAGUCCGUGACACCCACGAGGACCUACGUGGAGGUGGUUACCGACGUGUGGACAUCUGCGUACGCACCCAAGAGGACAGCUUCGAUGACAUCGUCAAUCUGCUGCAGGUUACGCUAGUACUCUGA